AUGUCGGCUCAGAAUUCUGACUGGCCCCUCCCACAGGACAGCCCUAUCUUCAAGGAGCCAGAUCCACCAGUCAACUCGGCCGGUGACUCGGGCCACCAGCCAGCAGAAGGCUGUGAGGACCCCUCUGCUCAGGUGCCUCCCUUCUUUUCCUCCGGUGUCUCUCCUCAGGUUCCUACAUGCUCCAACUUGGGACCACCUUGCCUGGCUAUCAACCAAGCUUCCAACUGGCCUGGCUGUCGGGCCCUCCUGCAACAGCUUCCUCCACAGGACAGUGAUGAGCGCUACUGUCUGGCCCUAGGGGAGGAGGAACUGGCCCAACUUCGACUCUUCAGUGCCCAGCGGAAGCAGAAAUCCCUGGGCCAGGGGGUGGCCUGCCUGCUACCUCCCCAGCUUGAAGGACACACCUGUGAGAAGUGCAAGAAGCUGCUGAAUCCAGGAGAGUACGGAGUGUUCGCAGCCAGGGCUGGUGAGCAGAGCUUCUGGCACGGGCCCUGCUUUGCCUGCCAGGCCUGUGGCCAAGCCCUGGUAAACUUCAUCUACUUCUACCACGACGGCCACUUGUACUGUGGCCGUCAUCACGCAGAGCUGUUACGACCUCGAUGUCCGGCUUGUGACCAGCUGAUCUUCUCCCAGCGCUGCACUGAGGCAGAGGGACGGCGCUGGCACGAGAACCACUUCUGCUGCCAAGACUGCGCCGGACCCCUGGGUGGGGGGCGUUAUGCCCUGCCGGGGGGCAGCCCGUGCUGCCCCAGUUGCUUCGAGAGCCGCUACAGAAGUGCAGGCUGUAGCUCAGUAGGGACAACGGAAGGGCAAGCGUCCCUCGGGGGAGAAGGAUCGGAUCCAAGCGUUGACUGGAACCGUGCCUCCUCGGAUGACAAGAUCACCUCCGGAGCUGCGCUUCCCUCUGCAGUCGCCAGCCUCACGCUGGAAACCCCGAGUGGGGCGUCCAAUAGGCAGGCUAGAGACGGCCCACCGAGACCCAGAAAUCUCAAAGAGGACAGCCCCUGCCCGACCUGCUCUUCUUCCUCUGAGUCGGAACCCGAAGGCUUUUUCUUCGGCCAGCGCCUUCUAGGUCCCUGGAAGACCCCCGAAAACCUCCAAGCAGACGUUAGAGACAUCUCCAGGAAGCACUGCACUAUUUGUUAG